UUUCCGGCAUUUUGCCGAGCUUGUCUCCUUGAACACGUUAGGUUUCUUCUCUGUCGCUCCUCUCUCUCUCUCUCUCUCCCUCCCUCGCGGAUCAAUGGCGCCCGAGCCUAAUCAGAGCGUGAACGGCGAACAGGCGACAGUUAAGGUUCCGUCCAAGGAUCCCAAGAAGAAGAAGGAUGAGAAGAAAGAGGAAGAUUUGUCGGAUGAGGAUUUGGCUCUGAAGCAGCAGCUCGAGCUCUAUGUCGAAAGGGUUCAGGAUGCCGACCCCGGCGUCCAGAAGCUUGCCUUAGAGAGCAUGAGGCAAGAAAUCCGUACAUCAACAAGUUCCAUGACUUCAGUUCCUAAACCUCUAAAAUUCCUUCGUCCUCACUAUGGGACAUUGAAAGCUUUCUAUGAGACCAUGGCAGAUACAGAUCUUAAGAAAUAUCUAGCAGAUAUACUUUCUGUUUUGGCCUUGACCAUGUCUGCUGAAGGAGAAAGGGAGAGUUUAAAAUAUAGGCUGUUGGGGUCUGAGGGUGACAUUGGUUCUUGGGGUCAUGAAUAUGUAAGGAAUCUAGCUGGAGAAAUUUCUCAGGAGUUCACAAAGCGACAGGUUGAUGAAGCUUCAAUAGAUGAUCUGAUGGAACUGGUUCAACAAAUUGUGGCUUUUCAUGUGAAGCACAAUGCUGAACCGGAAGCCGUUGAUCUUUUAAUGGAGGUUGAAGACCUGGAUUUGUUGGUUGAGCAUAUUGAUUCCACAAACUACAAAAGGACAUGCUUGUACCUUACUAGCUUUGCUAGUUACCUGCCGGGGCCAGAUGAUACUGUAGUGCUUGACAUAGCCUAUUCGAUUUAUAUGAAAUUUGAGGAGUACACAAAUGCACUCCGUGUUGCACUUUGUAUGGAUAAUUCUCAGUAUGUUAAGCAAACAUUCACUGCUUGCGAGGACAUUCUACAGAAGAAGCAACUUUGUUAUAUCUUGGCUCGCCAGGGUGUCAUGUUGGAGCUUGAUGAUGAAAUGUUGUCUGGACAUGAAGACCAGAGGGACUCGAUGCAGGAAAUUAUAUAUAAUGCUAAGUUAAGUGAAGGAUAUCUUGCACUUGCUCGUGAUAUUGAGGUCAUGGAACCUAAAUCUCCUGAAGACAUCUACAAGGCUCAUUUGAUUGAUGGCCGAGCUAGCGCAGGAGCUAGUGUUGAUUCUGCCAGACAAAAUUUGGCAGCUACAUUUGUUAAUGCCUUUGUUAAUGCAGGAUUUGGUCAAGAUAAGCUGAUAACUGUACCUUCUGAAUCUUCAAGUGGUGGGUCUUCUGGAAGUUGGCUUUUCAAAAACAAGGAACAUGGAAAAGCCAGUGCUGCGGCAAGUUUGGGGCUAAUACUCUUGUGGGAUGUUGAUAAUGGACUUGCUCAAAUUGACAAAUAUUUCCAUAGCAAUGAUAAUCAUGUUAUUGCGGGAGCCCUUUUAGCUGUUGGAAUUGUCAACUGUGGUGUUCGAAAUGAAUGUGAUCCUGCAUAUGCACUGUUAGCAGAGUAUGUCAUGAAAGAAGAUUCAACAGUCCGUAUUGGUGCAAUUAUGGGUCUUGGUCUGGCUUAUGCAGGAUCUCAGAAGGAUGAGAUUCUUCGGCUUUUGUCACCAAUCUUAACUGAUUCUAAAGUGCCAAUCGAUGUCAUAGCAUUUAGUGCAAUUUCCCUUGGAUUAAUCUAUGUGGGUUCGUGUAAUGAUGAGGUUGCUCAGUCAAUAAUUCUUGCUUUAAUGGAGCGAGAGACUGAACUUGGUGAACCUUUGGCUCGGUUUUUAUCUCUGGGUCUGGGCCUUCUCUACCUAGGGAAGCAGGAUAAUGUUGAUGCUACACUUGAAGUUGCGAAGACCCUGAAUGAAAGAAUAUCCAGAUAUUGUCAAGUGACCCUCAUGUCUUGUGCCUUUGCUGGGACAGGGAAUGUUCUGAAGGUGCAAAGUCUUCUUGGACUAUGUUCAGAGCAUCUUGAAAAGGGUGAAAUUCAUCAGGGACCUGCUGUUCUUGGAAUUGCCAUGGUUGCAAUGGCUGAGGAAUUGGGACUUGAGAUGGCAAUUCGCUCGUUGGAACAUCUACUACAAUAUGGUGAACAGAACAUUCGUAGGGCUGUGCCUUUGGCUCUUGGUUUGCUCUGCAUGUCCAAUCCUAAGGUUAAUGUUAUGGAUACACUAAGCAGACUAAGCCAUGACACAGACACAGAAGUAGCCAUGGCUGCAAUCAUAUCUUUAGGUUUAAUAGGUGCAGGAACUAACAAUGCUCGUAUAGCUGGGAUGCUACGUAAUCUUUCAAGUUAUUACUAUAAAGAGGCCAGCCUUCUAUUUUGUGUACGCAUUGCUCAAGGACUUGUACACCUCGGAAAGGGUUUAUUGACACUUGCUCCUUAUCAUUCUGAUCGAUUUUUACUUUCUCACUCUGCAAUCGCUGGAAUAAUAACCCUUCUCCAUGCUUGUCUGGAUAUGAAAUCCAUUGUGCUGGGGAAAUACCAUUACGUUCUCUAUUAUCUUGUUCUGGCGAUGCAGCCACGGAUGUUGAUGGCAGUUGAUGAACACCUGAAGCCCCUCUCAGUGCCGGUCCGAGUUGGUCAGGCUGUUGAUGUAGUUGGUCAGGCUGGUCGGCCAAAGACAAUCACAGGAUUCCAGACACAUUCAACUCCAGUCCUGCUAGCUGCGGGUGAUAGAGCAGAAUUGGCAACAGAAAAGUAUCUUCCGCUUUCAUCUGUUCUGGAGGGUUUCGUGAUCUUAAAAGAGAACCCUGAAUACUCUGGCCAAUAAAACUUGUGAGAGGAACAGCACGAUUUUUCUGGUGAGAGGCUGCAUCCAGGGACAUUUCCAAGAAGGCAGCUUGUUUCAAACUGAUGCAAUGGCGUCUGCAGAAUCCAAUCAUUCUAUCACCACAAGCUAAUCGCCACGGUUUCAUUGCUUCUCGAGUAUUGCGUUGUUUUCCUGGCUUUGCAGAUACCAAAUGAUCGAGUUCUGGCAGUGCUACCUGCCAUGUUAGCUAUUGCAUCCGCACCACCACCAGUCGGCUGUUAUGUCUUUUUAAGAAUGAGAGUUGCCUGAUCAGAACAAGUUGCAAUUUCUGCCUGCUCAGAACAAAUUACGUGUUCGUGACCGGUCAUGCCAAGUCUUGGAUAAUGAAUGUUGUGUAUAAGAUAUGUUCCAUUUUGCUCGA